AUGAUGCGUCAGUUCCGGAAACUCCUCGGCUGGAAACAGAAGAAACCUCGGAAGAAUGUCGUUCCCGAUACCAAAGACCGACGUUCAGUGUCCCUCGGGUCUAUGAGAAAAGCUUCAACUAUCAGUAUGGCCAUAUCUUCGUUAGGGUUCUCGGUUCAGUUCAACCAGUCAGAGUCACAACUACCCGAUUCGAGGUGUACAGAACCUCUCCAUCAGACGGAAUCCGAUACCCAGGGUAAUUCUAAAAUGGCUAAUUCGUCAUCCGGAACCCCUAGCCACCAUGGCACCGGUCAUGCGAAGAAACGUUCAACGACCUCCUCCCCACCAGACGAAACCGCUGCUGGUGUACCUCCAAGAUUACCUGAAACGAAUGAUGUGGACUUCAGAAUCCAGCGAUCCUUAACCAUCGAUGUUAUGCCACGAGUGGACGAGGGUCAUGAAGAUGUGGAGUCAGUAUUCAUGCGAGACUACGAUGAUGAAAUGGAGACCUUACAAGCGCAGCUACGGGAGGAAAUGCCACUCAAGAGCUCAAAGUCUGUGAUGAUGGAAGAUGUCUCUUUCGAAGAAGAAGAAUCAAAUCUUCAGGCUUCGACGGUUCCAGCUGAAUCUUCCGUACCUAUAGAAGCAAGGAUAUCAACUAACACGCAAGCUCCACCGACGGAAUGGCAACCCACCGCCACUCUUCUAUCACUCCCACCGGAACUUGUUCUCGAAAUUUCCAAAUACCUCCCUUUCUGCUCCCACACCGCCCUCUAUGACACCUGUUCCCGGCUCAACCACGUAAUCCGAGAUAAUAAUUCAGCCUACUACGAGCGGGAACUCGCCAAAGCAGGUGCAAAUCCACGGGCCGACUCACUUCUCACACGGUCAAUAUUCGCUUUCCAAUACCUUAACCGACCUUCCCAGACUCCAGAAUUUCACCCCGAAUUCUCCAUCAACUCUAGUUUCGGAUAUAUUCGCUACUUGAAGGCUCAAUCUCAGGUCGUCAAGGAUAUUGCAGAUAUCCUGCAGUCGGAUGUCUACAAAUCCUUUCUCCUUUCAGAGGAAGGUCGGAAACAGCUCCGAUUAACCGCUCACGGAAACCAUGAGCCAGAAGAUUUGAGUCAUCGGGAUGAUGUGGAUCGAGACUUGAUGCACUUAUGGGAGUUUGUAAACUACUCUUUAGACAAGCUGGUCAGGAGUGAAGUACCGAUGUACUACCCAAAUGGAGAGCAAAAGGCAUACUAUGACGCCACGAUGCCAUUUCCUCUAUUGUCCGCUGCAGAUGACGCCAAAGCUGAACAAUUGAAGAAAAGCAUAUCAAAACUCGCCAAGGACAGCCACUUUCCACACGACCAAUUCCUAGUCUGGGAGAGGAAGCGCCUCAGGGACCUUCGGAACGAAUACUGGAAGGAAGAUACUGAUAACCUAAGUAAAGUCGAAAGCAAGGAUAUGAGGUGGAUACUCGAGGUUGUGAAGGCGAUAUUCGUCGGAGUGGUUUUCAAGCCAUUCAUCGAGGGUCCCCGCGAAAAGAGCAAGGCCAUUAUGGAGCUCAAGGCGAAGGCACUGAGAAAAGCUAGUAGGAAUGCGACACCAGCUUCGCCUCGAGACAGUCAAGUUGCCGAAGGCGAGGAGAAGCAAAACGGCUGGCUAUCAAACAAUCAGGAUUGGCCUGGAGCAUCAAGUACGGAUUCACUAUCGCCGGGCGAUACGAUGAGCGAAGAAUGGCAGGCCCCGCCGUACAGCCUCACUUAUACCGAGCAGGAGGUUCGAGCAUAUGUAGCCUAUCUAAUGGCUACGGGAGGCAUGAAGCUGCUCUUAACGGUGCUGAGGGCUGCAGUUACCCAUGGUGGGGUUCUGACACCAGAGAGGCUGGAGGUCGUUCUUGCGCAGUGGGACACAUCGCGAGGGAAUGAAGAAGUCGAGAACAGCGAAUUUAUGAGGGAAUUCGACGCAGAUAAGGCCCGAGAACGGGAGCUGGAGAGGAGCCCAGACAGAUCCGAAUUCUCGUAUUUGUGGAAGCCAACGAAGGUCGAAAGGAUCUGGGAAAGAGAUUGCAAGCGCGGCGGAUGGAGUAAUUGGGAAGGGUGGGUUGCAGAAUACUAUCUAAUCGCUUAA